AUAAAGAAACGGUCGAACAACGCAAAAGAACUAAAUGCGUUUAUCUAUUGAGUUGGCUCUUCGUUUGCACUUACACUCACUCAGCCAUUGCGGCUAGGGUUUUCUCCCGGUUUUCUCCCGCUUUACGAUUCCAUCCCUUUUUUUUUCCUUUCUCUUUUUACAGAUCUUCUUCAUAGAUUCAUCAUGGAGUUUUUGAUGUUAAGGUAGGAUUUCGUGGUCGCCUUUCACGGAGUGCAAUUUCGUUUCAGCUUUUCCGGUAUUGGUUUUAAUAUAGUUCGGAAAUGGCGACCACAAAUCCAUUUGAUUUGUUGGGUGAUGACGAUGCUGAGGACCCAUCGCAGCUAAUGGCUGUCAAGCAGGCGGCGGCGGCGGUGGCGCCUAAGAAAGGUUCUGAUCAUCCUCAGGCUAAACAACAGGCGGCUGCGGCAGCUAAAUUGAAUAAACCUGCCAAUCUUCCUUCCAAGCCUCUUCCGCCUGCUCAGGCUGUAAGGGAAGCAAAGAACGAAGGUGGUCGUGGAGGUCGUGGUAGUGGGCGUGGUGGAGGUGGACGUGGAUAUGGACGAGGGCGUGGCAGUGGUGGCUUCAAUCGUGAGGCUGCCAAUAAUGAGUACUCAUUUAGUAGUAACCCUGAAGAUGGAGAAACUGGAAGGACAACAGAAAAACGUGGUGGAUAUGGUGGACCUCGUGGUCGUGGUGGCCGUCGUGGUGGUUUUUAUAAUGGAGAUACUGAUGAUGGUGAACGCCCUCGUGGUGUAUUUGAACGGCACAGUGGAACUGGUCGUGGAAAUGAAUUCAAGCGUGAAGGGUCUGGGCGUGGGAACUGGGGAAGGUCGACUGACGAAUUUCCUGAGGUUGCUGAGGAAGCUAAUGAAUCUCAGAAGUUAGGUGAUGAGAAGCCUGUUCACGAGGAUGGUACUGCAGGUGUCAACACAGAGAACACUGCAAAAGAAUCGGAGGAAAAAGAACCAGAAGACAAGGAAAUGACUCUGGAGGAGUACGAAAAAUUGCUGGAAGAGAAAAGGAAGUCCCUUUUGGCACUGAAAACUGAAGAGAGGAAGGUGGAUCCUAAAGAAUUUGCAUCCUUGCAACAGCUAUCAAGCAAAAAGGAAAACCAGGACGUCUUUAUUAAAUUGGGAUCUGACAAGGAUAAGCGAAAAGAAAUUGCAGAUAAGGAGGAAAGAACUAAGAAGUCCGUGAGUAUCAAUGAGUUCUUGAAGCCAGCCGAUGGAGAGAGACACUACACUCCUGGUGGUCGGGGUAGAGGCCGGGGCCGUGGUUCAAGGGGAGGAGGUUAUGUCAGCAGCUCGAUGAGCAGCAAUGUUGCAGCCCCGUCGAUUGAGGAUCCGGGGCAGUUCCCAACCUUAGGUGCGAAAUGAAUAUUCUGAAUAAAUUGCACUCAAAACUGUGUAUAUGGUUUUGGGGGCUGUCUCUCUGAUCUGGGGGAAUAGCAAGAAGUUGAGUAGAAUAACUAGAGUUUUUCUUUCCUAAUGUAUUAAAAAAAAAAAAAAGGUUAAAAGGUUUUAAUUUGUUUGAAUGUAAAUUGUUAAAGCCAUGUAUUUUCCCUUUGUCAUACUUUUUCAUUUUGUGUUUUUUUCAACUGCCUUGCCAGAUCAAAAUAUAUAUGGCAUUUUAGCUUA